AGAUUAUGACCCAAUAGACAUUCUCAAAUCGUUGGUAGAGUGCGGGAAUGCAUGGGCGGAAAGAAAAUCAUGCAGAAUGAUGCGAUAUGAAUCAUAAACCCAAUAGUAGAGACAGUAAGAUAGGUGAGUAACGUAACGAGAGACCAUAGGCGAAUAUAGACAGCGUAGAUAUUGAGUAGGAAAUUACAUCCGGUUUGAUACAGGAGGGUCAAAAAUUUACAUGCAGCGUGUUAGCGGCUAAAAACACAUUGGUUUGGGAAUCAAUGCUUCUCAGACUAAAGAGAUUCUUCAGGGGAAGGCAGUGGGAGCGGAAUGGCAGCCGGAGAGAGGGAGAUCGGAGAGACCGAGCCCGGGGAUAACUGGUCUGCAUAAGAAGAUUGCCGCUGGAAUGGGUUACGAGUGUUCAUGCGUGAAAUUGGCGAGGCUGAAAUGAUGCGUGAGAAAUAGGACACAAGUAGAUGGUCACAUACAUAAAACAUUGGAAGCAAACCAGCGCACAGGAAUGGUAUUCAUGUCAUAGUCGUCGAAUGUCUCUCCGUCCGGCGUGGACAUGUUACGGCUGGAUUGAGUGGAACGCGCGAUGUCAAGGUCGUCGCUCAAAUCCUGGAGCAGGGCCCGGCCCUUGCGUGAGUAUGGGCGUUCCUGAUGAAGAGCCGGCAGAGAAACGGCUGGAUGACGCCGAGUGAGGAGCACAGGCGAGGAAGGCGGAAAGAAGGACGGUCGGAGGAUGGAAAGGAACUCUUCGAGGGCUUCCGUUGGAAGCGACCUGGGACAUUAAGUCAGUCGACUAGCAGGCUUCACGGCUGGAAGAAAGCCUAAACUUCAGAUACUGACCUCGGGGACGAACGAGCAGACGGGGAAGAUAAUUCUUUAUCAGAGUCACUGAGAGAGAUGACAGGAGUUUUACGAUCAUCGGCUGCGUCUGAGAUAUCUUCCGAAACACGAGCACGUUCGAAAAGAUCCGGUCCCGACAAGAUUCGGUUACGGGCAAGAAGGGUAUUGAACCGAAUGGGCCGUGGAGCGACGAGGACUGGGUUGUCGGAGGGCAUUAAUUCAAGAGAUUGGUAAACAAAGAAACGAAGAUUGUGUGGAUGGAUUGAUAUAAAAGUAGAUUGCGGAUAUGGAGUGGUUGAGCAGUGGCGCGUUGUGACGGCUGGAGACAAGGAACGAGCUGUUUGGAUGAGUUUACAAGCUUAGUUAGCCUGACUUCAAUCACUUCACCUCGGCUGAGUUCGGCAAAGUCAUAUAUGUUCCUCCAUGUUGUGCACCCCCCUUCUCUGACUUCGUCUAAUGGCUGGACAGUUUACCAACACCUCGGAAGACUGUUGAUGAUCUCCGGAUCUUUUCACCUUCGACGGCUUGCGGAGAUUGAAUCGGUCUUCCAGCAUUUACGAGAUGGGAUAGAGUGAAGCGUUAUAAGAGGCCGCCUCGGUCCACCUCUCCCCCACUGCUGUCCUAAUGCCCCCAUCAUCCGACGAGACGACUCCUCUCUUGACUGAUGGUUCUUCUCUCGAGGAGCAGAGGGAAAGCAAGGCAGCAGCAACACCAAUCCCCAGGGCACAAUUGGCCGCAUUGUGUGUCGCCAGGCUGACCGAUCCUAUUGCAUACUGUCAGAUUUUCCCUUACAUCAACGCGCUCCUGGUCUCUCUCCAUGUCACCGAUGAUAUCUCGAAGAUUGGGUUCUAUUCUGGCCUCGUUGAGUCGACCUUUGCGGUGACACAGUCACUGACGUGUUAUUACUGGGCCACUCUCUCUGAUAAAGUAGGACGCCGACCCAUCGUUCUCAUCGGGUCGACGGGCCUUGCAAUCUCGAUCUUGUUAUUUGGCUUCGCGACCUCACUAACUCAGAUAAUUGCCGUUCGGGCUCUUGCUGGCUUUUUCGGUGGUAAUCUCGCCGUCUACCAUUCUAUCUUGGCCGAAAUCACGGACAUCAGUAAUCAGGCAGUCGCGUACCCACUCUAUUCGUUCACUUGGCCACUGGGUGCUACACUGGGACCGUUGUUGGGAUCGCAGCUGUCAAAUCUUGGCACCAAGUAUCCGGCCUAUUGGGGCUACGAUUUCAUCAUAGAGCGUCCUUACUUGAUGCCCAAUGUCGCCACUUCGCUGGUCGUUGUCACCGGUGUCUUUCUGGCUUAUCUGUUCCUAGAAGAGACACUGCCCAGCAAGCGGCCAGGUUUUUGUGUGCACGGUACAUCGAACAGCGGCCAGUCUACCUCGGAUUCACUGGGAGUCGGCGAACUGCUCGCAAUCCCCAUGAUCCGGAUACUAGCUUGCGCGGGAUUCAUGCUGGCGCUCAUUAGCGGAGCAUUCGAUGUAGUAUUCGUGCUGUUCUGCUAUACCCCAAUUGCACGCGGCGGGCUCUCAUUUUCGGUGGACGAAAUCGGCUAUGCUCUUGCCUUGAGCAGCAUCAUUCUUGCCCUGCUACAGCUAUUCGUGAUGCCCCAUCUGCUGCGACUGUUUAGGCCAGUUGUUCUUUUGCAUUUCACAAUGUGGAUGUGGCUGGUUCCCUUUGCGUUGAUGCCGUGGAUCCACAUCAUUGCAAAGAAUGGAUUGGCUGCAGGGACAGGAUCUCAAGAUCCUGAGAACUAUGUUCGGAUGUGGAUCGCGGUGGCGAUCAUGCUCAGCACUUCCCGAAUCGGAGCGCUGGGUUUUGCCGCCAACAUGCUAUUGGUCAAAGACCAAGCACCGAGCCCGAGCUCACUUGGUGCACUGAAUGGAAUGAUCCAGGUUAUCAUGGGGCUAUCACGGUGCUUCAGUCCGGUUUUUGUUAGCUCUAUCUACGCAUUGUCAAGCCACAGCCAAGGCCCGUUCCCUCAAUGGGUCCUCGUUAUGUUUGUUCUAUGUGGGGCAGGAGGUUGGAUCUCGCGCAAACUGCUCGUCUUGGAAAGACAGAAGUAA